GUCAUCGGAUCGUCGUUUCCAUCGGCCAUUUUGAAGAACGUUACAUGUAAAGAAAUCUGGAAAAUAACUGUUUUAUUUGAAGAAGAAGGACCAUGAAUUGCUAGUGAUAAAGACGAAAGGAUAAAGUACGUUUUACAUUGGAGCUGUUGGGAGCAGUAGACGACUUGGAGGUUGCUUUAUCGCUCUUCAUUUGGUCAGCUUGGCGUUCGGUAAAAACCAUCUACGUUCUUCUUGUUGUUCGAUGUAUUUUGUUGCUAUGCUUGGUGUCUUGUUGAUAAACCUAUCUUGCUGUUAUACUUCAAAAUCUCACUCCCCAUGUCUUGAAUCGAUGAUUUGGCACAUAUAGAAUCUAUAAAUGGCAUCGAGUAAGCCAUUCAUUCGUGCUGUUUGUGGCUGUUUUUCUUUCCAGAGUUUCUGUGGGCUUUUUUAUGUAUACUUCCCGCCGUAAUGUGGAGAGUACUCCUAUCUUCUCUAACUCACUUCACUUACAAAUGAAUUAUCCGCAUCUUUAAUGACCUAGUGACAUUAGUGUGAGGACGAUUUGGGUGAAAACUAUGGGCGCCCCCUGGAUUUCCCCCCGGACUUCCUCAACAGGGAAAGUUUAGAAUAAUGGUAUUUUUUAUUAUAUCUGGGAAAGGUUGGUCCCAUGAUUUGUUCAUAUUGGUUCUUGCUGUAUUUUUUUUCUCUUGUCCUUCAAGAUUUCCGAAGACUCUGUUUUUUUGAUAAACUAAGAAUUGCUUUAAUUGGUAUUUAUUAAGCAAAGUCACUAUAAAAUUCUUCUCAUUGCUAUAACACUCCUAACGUUUAAUUGUGCCCUUCACCAUAUCUGCAAAAAAAGAAAUGGUUUUACUCCAUCAAAUCAAAUACACAGUGCAGUAAUUCUGCUUUGGUGCUUUCAUGAUGUAGUUGGUUAUUUCAGACAAUUGAUGGUUUUCACGUCAGCCAUGUUGGAGGAAUUUAACAAAAGAAUCGUCAAUGAAUUCUUUUGUUAUAUCCUUUGACAUGGCUGCCAUGGGAAUGGUUGAAAACCAUUAAUAAGCCAUGAUAUCAAGACUUGUCAAACGGGUUCAGUUAAUUGGCAGCAGUGUGGCAUACAGAAUGUUAGAACGCCAAAGGCUUUUUUUUAAAUGUGAUCAUGUGUGAAUCACCUUGAAAAGCGAUAUAGGAGAUAUUUACCAACUAGGAGGUCUGGGAAGGGAAAAACUGUGCCUGAUGGCUUGAGUUUUCAAUACCAAGGGCACAGUUUUUCCUUAUUUGGACCAGCUUUAGAAUGGUAAAUAAUUUUUUUCCAUUUUUUUCUCCACUUGUUUUCAUUAUCAUGUUUUGAUGUUUAGCAAUCUGGUAUCCCUGGAUACCAGACCACUAUUAGAGAUUAAAAAAAUACUUCCCACUCCCACAGCCAAUCAGAACACACGAAUUUUAGGAUAUCCUACCUAGGCUGGGUAGACUAGAAACUACUUCAUAUUCAAAGUCUUAUCACCUACAUUAACAUAAACAAUAUGGUACGAUGAUAAUCACGAGGUACAGCCAAAAUAUCAUUAACAUACAUUUCUUAGUUUGUUACUGCUUGAAAGCAGCGAGUGGCAUAGGAAAAUUUUCCUUGUUUCUCUGACAUCCUAGCUUGAAUGUCCUAGUUACAUCAAUCUCUUAUCCUUGACCAACUUCUAACAUAUUUUAUGUUUAAACAAUAUUAUGUGUAUUGUAUGUGUUUCUUAAAAUGUGUCUUAAACUAAUAUUAUGAGACAAUGUUUUUGUAUCUUGCCUUUGCCAAUGGCUUCAUCCUCUACAAAGAUGUUUCAUAUUGGUUACCUAUUUAGUUACUUAUGCCCACAAGUCCCUUAAUUGAUUUAACAUAAGAUAAAAUGUCUGUAAAAGCCUCGAAAACUACCGAGAGAAAGCUAAACAAAGUUAGGAAGGUAUAGAGAACAGAGGCUUGAAAUCUGAAAUCGUACAGAAUUAAAAAAAAGUCAUUACUCAGGAAGAUGAUACAAUAGUGUAUAACUUGUCUUAGCAAAUAAUAAUGGUGCACUAGUGGACAAAAGCCAGUCAAAUUAGUAAUGAUUACCAAUUAUUGGUCAUUGGCUUUCCUAAUGUACCAGAAAACCUACAAUGUUUUUUUUAACUCUAAUAAAUAAUUAGCUGUUAUUUUUGAAAUUUAAAAAUAUAUAUUUUUUAUUUAAUGAGGGUUGCACUAAGUAGCUACAAAGCUAAAAAGCUUGUGACCCUCAAAGACACAUUAACCAAAAAGAGUCAUAAAAUGGCCUUUUGAUUCUGAGAUCAAAUUAGAAUCUAGAAUUGUUGAUAUUUACGGAGGAAGAAAACAAGCAACUCUGUAUCAAAAGUAGAUGUUAGCAAUCUCUUUAAAAAAUUACUUUCUUCAUAAGAGUGAGCAUAAUAUUUCUAUAACUUGUUAAAAACUAUAAUACUCUUGAGUAUUUAAGUUAGAAAAUUUAAAAUCUUGAUGAAUUUUGUCAUGUACACUAUAUGUGAAUGUAUAGUUUAGGAGACAUCUGUGCUAAACUUCAGAUCUGAGAAGGAAUCGUUUUUACCUUUUUGGAAGUAUUCAUAAACAAUAGACCUUUCUCACACAGCAGUCAUGUCGUCUGGAACAAUGGAUUUUUUUCCUGGCUGGCCUAGCAUUCAAGCGCUUCAGGAUGAGUUUGAAGGGGCUGCCAGAAAGAAAGGCUUAGUUCUUGUGGAAUAAACAUAGCUGCUGUAUGACAAAGGUCUAGACAGUUACAUCAAUCAUUGCAAAAGUAUGGAUGUAUUCUAACUACAGUGUAUGCACAAUGCACGAAAAAUUGCUAAUGUAUCUUAGAGAAUUGUAUGAGUGAGUGCGUAUAUGUUAGUGUGGACAAAUGGACAAUAUGAACGUAGCAUUGCAACAGUGAGUUAUAUCAGAGAGUAAAUGUUUGUGUUAUUGUGUGUAUGAGUGGAAUGAAUCCUAUUUUACAAAUGGACAUUCUGAAUGUUGCAUAGCAACAAUGAGUUGUAUGAGUGAGUAAAUGAAUGUGUAUAUGUCUGUGUGUAUGAGUGGACGGAAUUCUAUUUUACAAAUGGACAAUUUGAAUGUUGCAUAGCAACAAUGAGUUGCAUGAGUGAGUGAAGGUGUAUAUGUCUGUGUGUGUAUGAGUCGAAUGAAUGCUAUUUUACAAAUGGACAAUUUAAAUGUUGCAUAGCAACAAUGAGUUGCACGAGUGAGUGAAUGAGUAUAUGUCUGUGUGUGUAUGAGUGGAAUGAAUGCUAUUUUAUAAAUGGACAUGAUGAAUGUAGCAUUACACUAAAGUUAGCCUAUGCGAGUACUUGAUCUUCUGGUACUGCUGAUCUUUGGAUUUGCUCACCUACUCCAAAAAGGACCAUUGUUAUCCCAACCAUAUCUUGUGUCAGACAGGAAGAGAAUCCUACCAAGUUUGGAUACAGUGCUACGACGUUUGAAGCUGAUAUUAACAUACAUGUAACACUAUACAAAGGAUUACCAUUUGAAUUAGCUGUGGGAUCAAUGUUGUGAAUUAUCCUUAUAGCACCUGACAUUGGCUAAAGACUUUGUUAAUACAUUCACCUUGAAUGCUUGGAUCAUUAUUUUGAUUGUUUCUGUUGGAUUGACUCUUUGGUUCUCCUACAGGAACAAGAAACAAGCAAGGUCGAACAUAUGUAACAGCCAUGUCAGAGACUGGAGAUGAUUGCUAUUUCUAUUACUACUCUAAGUGCGCCAAGGGUGAUAUGUGCCCAUUUAGGCAUCAACCUGCAGCUCUUGGAUGUGAAAUUACAUGUCAUCUUUGGGAAAAGGGAAGAUGUUUUAAGGAAGCAUGUACUUUUAGACACAUGGUCAUAGAGAAAGAGCGUAAUACGAUACCAUGCUUCUGGGAGUCACAAGCAAUGGGAUGUACAAAGAACAGUUGUCCCUUUUUACACUUGAAACCAAGGCAAAUUGGGCUGGUUCCACCACAACCAAGGCCAGCAAUGACCGGUACAAGAAUGCCUGUUCACCCAUCUGCCAAUCAAAGCAUUCCUACUUUACAUGGAAAUGUCCGACCACACAACACUCGAAUGGGGCCUAUGCACCCACAGGGACCUAGGGGUCCUGCAACAAGACCCCCAAUGUAUAAUGGACCUGGCGUGCCAUUCAAUCAAGGACCUUACAUGGGUGGACCAAGACCUAUGGGAUAUGAAGGUUUCAUGCCAAGAGGUCAGCCAUCUUUAAUGAUGUACCAAAUGCAAAACAAUCAACAGCACAUUGCAGGCAUGCAGUACCCACGAAUGGUGCAACCAGGAAUAAUGCCCAAUAUUAUGAUGAAUCAGCCAAGAGGAAAUUUCCCAUAUAAAGACAACAUUGGAAGAAGAGAUAAUUAUGAUGAUGAAAGUGAUGAUGAUUAUACUUCUUCAGAUUACUCCGAUGUUUCAAUCAGCGAUGGUGAGAAAGAAAGGAGGUCAAAGCCCAAGGAUUAUUCCCACAGACGGGUUCGUAGCCCAAGGCAUCAAUCAAGUAGAAGAGAAGUGAAACGAAGAAAUGAUACCAGAGAUAAAAGAAAUGAACUUCCAAGAUCAUCUAGAGAAAAAGAUAAAAAACACGAGAAAAGAAAGGACAGAAUACGCCAAAGUGAGAGAGAGAAAGAAAAAAAUAGAAGCAAAGAUAUUGACAGCAGCCCUGGCAAAUCUAGAAAAACAAGUGAAGAUAAAGACAGUGCUAACUCUGAAAGGAAGAAAUCACUAGAAAAAGAAAAAUCUGACAAUGAAAAUAGUGAUGGUGAUAUUAAAGUAAAAACUUUAGAGGAAAUACUAAGAGAAAAAGCUCUGAAAAAUCUACAUGAAAGAACGGCUCAAAAAAAGAAAGAACGAAUGGAAGCUGAGAAAAAUACAAAAGAGAACAGUGAUGAACCAAAUGAUGAUUCACCGGAACCAAUCAUUAAGAGUGUUGUAUCUGUCAAUAAGACAGAGUCUACUGUUUCAUCUAAAGGAUCUGAACCUCAGGAAACUGAUGAUCUUGGCUCUAAUGUUAAAACAAAGACUGUCCCAGAAAAGAAAGUUCAGCUAAGAACAGCCAAGACUAUUAUUCGCAGUAUAAUUGAGAGUGACAAUCAAACUAGUACGUUGUCUACUGAAACUGUCCCAAAAAAACUAGUUCGUAAGAUUGUGAUUGAAUCAGAUGAAAAUACCGUGUCUCAGAAACCUAUUAUUGCAACAAAAGAGUCAGAUAAAGAAGCCUCGGCUCUGAAACAAGCUACUUCAGGUAUAUCAACCAUUAAAGUCAAGACCCUUGAAGAAAUAAGGAAAGAAAAACAGGAAAGAAUAGUAAGGAUGAACCAAAAACAAAAAAUAAAUAACAAAGACUUAAUUAAUGCAGAUAACUUGUCAAAAAUUGGAGAUGAACAAGUUGUUUCCAAUGAAAAGAGCACAUUGGUAAAUGUUAAACCAGUAAAAGGCAGAAAGAUUAGCAUCAAAAAGAGAGAUGACGCAGGAACAGCAAAAUCUAAUAUCAUAAAAUCUGGAGGUAAACUGUUGCUGAAAAGAAAAGUGGCCAAGACAGAAACUGCAGAAAAAGAUAUACCAUCAAAAGGUGUCGUUCAGUCAAAGUCGGAAAACAAUGAGAAUGAGACAGGAAAACCCAAAAACGUUUUCAUAAAGUCAUUUGAUGAAAUAAUGAAAGAAAAAAGAGAGCGUCUAAAGAAACAAAACCAAGAGCAACAGGAAAAAGCACAAGACAAAGAAGGUACAUCAGUGACAAGAAUUAAGAGACCAACUAUUGUCAGAAGAAAAGAAACAGAAAAAACAGAAGUCCAGCCAGCAGCACCCAAAAGAUUUAUGUCAAGGAAAUUAAAAAUAGUUCGGCAGCAAGGAUCUCUGUCUAAAAGCAGCAGUAGUACUAAUCUUAACCCACCAUCAAUAGAUACAAGCUCUACACCAGCAUCCCCAAACCAGUCAGAACCAGGUUCACCUGCGUCCCCAUCUGAUGUACCACCAUUAACAGGACAGAUCUUAUCUGCUGAGAGUAAUGUGGGCACAGGAAACCAGACUAGUGUCAGUGAUGUUGAAUCAAGUGCACUUGAGCAAAAUGAAUCUGAAUGUGUUGAUGAUGCUGAUGAUGUUAGUAAUAAAGAUGAUAAUGAGGAUGAUGAUGAUGCUGAUGAUGAUAAUGAUGAUGCUGAUGCUGAUGAUGACAAUGAUUUUGAUGGUGGUGCUGGUGAUGCUGAUGAUGCUGCUGCUGCUGAUGACAAUGCAGAAGAUGAUGAUGAUGAUGAAAGCUGGCAGCAUGAAGAAUUACCAGAGGUUCCCAUGGAUACACCGACCCUGGAAUGUCCUGCAUUCAUAGCUGGCACAUCCUCAGAAACACCAAAAGCCGCUGCAGUUUUUCAUAUUCCUGGCAAGACUAUCGUCCUUGACCACCGGACAUCACCCACAAAAAGGCCAAGGUCUAGUUUAGAAGAGUUAUUUGGUGUCCCUUGUGAUGACGAUGAACCUGGAUCACAUCAAAAUCCACAGAUAGAAGAGGAAGAAAAGGAGGAAGUGUCUCCAGCUAAAAGAGUAAAGACAAUUUCCCAAGAAACCCAUGAAGCAAUUGUUAAGGCAGUGAACCAAGAAUUGUCUAAAGAAAAGGAAGACGAUUUUGACCUUGACCUUGAUCUGGAAGAAGAAAUUGCAAACCUGUCUCCUGGGAAACCCCACGAUGAUUCACAUGAAGGAUAUAAUGAAGAUGAUUUAUUACUGGAACUUGAUGAAAUGAUCAAUGAUUAGGAUUCACAGGUCAUACGUUGAUAGAAAGCAGUGGUGUUGGAACUAGACAUUUGUUCAUAGAUUGCAUUAUCGUGGGCAGGCUAGGAAGUACAAAAUGGAUUCUUUACGGAUUCCUGGGUGCAGAUAUCUUAAGUAGAUCGAAAACUAUACCUUUUAAAGUACAACAACAAUAAAGCAAAGAACAAAAAACGAGAGACAUUCAAGAGCAACCAUGAAUAAUUUACAAAAAAUAAUUUUUAAGGCAAGACUUCUGAGAACAGCCAGAACUUCUAAAAACAGUCAGAGAUUACUAAGCAGUACCCUUCGUAUAAUAUAGCAGUUUUAAAAAGAAUUACUCUUUGGCAUGAUGUAUGCAAGGGUUUUUGAUUUUAUUUCAUACUUCUCGUUGUGGCCAUUCCAUAUCUGACAGGAUGCAAUUGCUGGGUUUCAAUCAGCUGUGAAUCUCAUCUGCACCAAAUGGCGGCCAAACAUUGACCAAAUUGUGCUGUUAACCCGAAAGAAUACUAUUCUGAUAAAUUGUGAUUCAUCUGUUGAACAUUCUGCACUAGACAGGAAAUGACGAAACCCAGUAAUUAGGAGCUACUUGUAAAGUAGCCAUCUUCAUAACAUAUGGUAACAGCAAUCCGCUUCAUUUCCUAUUGGAUUCCGCGUACGUCAUCGCAGCAGUGUUGUUGCUAUUUAACAAAAUAUUUCUCAUUAGCAUCCAUUUUUAAUGGCACCAAGUAUUGCCGCCAAGUUUUCGUCUUUUGGCUCUUGGGAAUGCUUGCAACCCAGCAUUUCCUCAUCCAAGGUCAAAGAAAUCAAUCCAUACAUAGGUAUUCAAGAUAAAAAUACGCUUUCCAUUAUAAACUUUUCUUUAUGAAAUGCUGGUAGUUAAGGAAUCCUCGUGUUAAGGAUAAUUUAUUAUUAGAUAUUUGUGAUAUUUGAGGAUUUAUUCAUAACUGAAUGUAAUUGAAUUGCCCAAAAAGUCAUGGGGCAGUCAAUCUAUAGCCUAAGCCAUACGAUUUCUUUAAAGUAACUCAGUAAAAUACUUUUUAGUGAUGAAAAUCUUUGCUCAUACAGCUAUCCUAUCAGAAAGAAAUUAUUUUUAUAGAAAAUAUAAGAUUUUGAGAUAUAUUGGAAGUGUAAAUAUAUAAUGGAGACUUAUUAUGUUGCAAAGUUUCCAAUUUAUUGGGGUUUGUUAAUUAUGUUUUCGUUGUAAAUAAAAGAGUACCUAUCAGUAGGUAAAUUUGAUACGCACUUGUAA